AUGGCGAACGCCAGCGAGCCGGGCGGCGGCGGCGGCGUUGGCGGCGGCGGCGAGGCGGCCGCCCUGGGCCUCAAGCUGGCCACGCUCAGCCUGCUGCUGUGCGUGAGCCUGGCGGGCAACGUGCUGUUCGCGCUGCUGAUCGUGCGGGAGCGCAGCCUGCACCGCGCCCCGUACUACCUGCUGCUCGACCUGUGCCUGGCCGACGGGCUGCGCGCGCUCGCCUGCCUCCCGGCCGUCAUGCUGGCGGCGAGGCGCGCGGCGGCCGCGGCGGGGGCGCCGCCGGGCGCGCUGGGCUGCAAGCUGCUGGCCUUCCUGGCCGCGCUCUUCUGCUUCCACGCCGCCUUCCUGCUGCUGGGCGUGGGCGUCACCCGCUACCUGGCCAUCGCGCACCACCGCUUCUACGCCGAGCGCCUGGCCGGCUGGCCGUGCGCCGCGAUGCUGGUGUGCGCCGCCUGGGCGCUGGCGCUGGCCGCGGCCUUCCCGCCCGUGCUGGACGGCGGCGGCGGCGGCGGCGGCGACGACGAGGACGCGCCCUGCGCCCUGGAGCAGCGGCCCGACGGCGCCCCGGGCGCGCUCGGCUUCCUGCUGCUGCUGGCCGUGGUGGUGGGCGCCACGCACCUGGUCUACCUCCGCCUGCUCUUCUUCAUCCACGACCGCCGCAAGAUGCGGCCCGCGCGCCUCGUGCCCGCCGUCAGCCACGACUGGACCUUCCACGGCCCCGGCGCCACCGGCCAGGCGGCCGCCAACUGGACGGCGGGCUUCGGCCGCGGCCCCACGCCGCCCGCGCUCGUGGGCAUCCGCCCCGCGGGGCCCGGCCGCGGCGCGCGCCGCCUCCUCGUGCUGGAGGAGUUCAAGACCGAGAAGAGGCUGUGCAAGAUGUUCUACGCCGUCACCCUGCUCUUCCUGCUGCUCUGGGGGCCCUACGUCGUGGCCAGCUACCUGCGGGUCUUGGUGCGGCCCGGCGCCGUCCCCCAGGCCUACCUGACGGCCUCCGUGUGGCUCACCUUCGCCCAGGCCGGCAUCAACCCCGUCGUGUGCUUCCUCUUCAACAGGGAGCUGAGGGACUGCUUCAGGGCCCAGUUCCCCUGCUGCCAGAGCCCGCAGACCACCCAGGCCACCCUCCCCUGCGAUUUGAAAGGCAUCGGCUUAUGAAAGGGGGUGUCCCUCCCUCCCUCCCUCCCUCCCUCCACCCACCCACCCACCCCGCCUUUCCCUUUUGGCUCGGACCGUGAUGUCGUUGCUCCCUCUUCUAGCCCCCUUAAUUAAUUUUCUAAGCUGCCUUCAAAAUGACUCUCCAAAGUGCAUAAGCACUUGGACUGUACAGACUACUUUUUUUUCGGGGGGGGGGUGGACUGGGGGGAGGGAUGGGUUUCAAUGUUCCAGCCCCACCCCAGCUCCGUGCAUUUGUCUUACUAAGUAUAUUUUCAUCCUGACAAUAGGCCUUGGAGUCUUUGUACUGGUACUGACGUCCUUUAUUCCAUGUGUUUCCCACACACACCCCCCUUUUUUCUUUUUUCUUUUUUCUUUUUUUCUUUUCUUUCUUUCUUUUCUUUCUUUCUUUCCUUUUUUUUUUUUUAAAUAAAGGCUAAACUAAUUUUCUUCAUGCAACGUUUCCUAAAGACCAUGGCCAGUUUUCUACAGAAGCUAUUUUUGACAACCUCAAGUGGCAUUACAUUUUGCAGUGAAGUAGAGGAACCUAGGCGGGACUUCACGAGUUCGAUUUCUUGAGGGUCUUCUGUUGGAAAGCAGGAGGAAGGGGGGAGAUUGUCUUGAGUUUCCUCUGAGUUGCCAGCGGCCGUGGAGUCAGGUCUGGUACUUUGAAAGUGUCGAAAACUUUGUUCGGUAAUUGAUGAUGAACUUAAAGAGCAGAAAUGGGAGUGUAAAGUAGCAAGGCAGUGUUUCUAAAGCAGUAACAGGAUUUGUUUCCUACCUUACUUUCUACUACUAUAAAAUACACAUCAACAACUGCUCUCUGUAUUAUACCAAUCUUGAGUGGAAACAUUUCUGUAAAAUUGUAACUUUUAAAAGAGUAAAAGUGUUUUGGUUAGUGAUGGUGUGGAGAAAAUACAGUAUUGCAUGUUUUUGUACUGAUUGUGGUUCACGGAAUGGGAAGGCUCUGAGAAGCAGAGUACUAAAUCAGAAUUGCUUAGGUAUUUUUUUUGCCAAUGAAAAUUAAAAUACAUUUAUGGAAACAGCUUGUGCUUUGAGAAGCCCAGUUUUGUUGUCUUAAGAAACUAAUUUCCACUUUGAAAAGUGUUCUUUUGUUCAUGGUAUAAAUGAAUGGAAUAUAAUGAUACUCUACUUCUACAAGACAAAGCAUUUCCUUAAAAUGUUUGCUAGGUUAAGCUGUGCUGUUCAUCUGAUGGAUAUUUUAAAUUAAUAAUGACAACCAUAAUUUUAAAUAUUUGUUAGACACAUUGUAAUCUUAAAUGGAAAGACUAAAUUCUGCAAGUACUGUAUAAUAUUUUUUGCUUAUGAUGCUACAUUUUUAUUAAUGUACCUUCC